UCCUCCUGUACACAGGAAAAAGACUCGGGUUUAAUGGCCGAAUAAGAACUUUAGUGCAUUAGCAGCAGCGCUUUUAUAAACAUUCUUCAGUCUUUACACGUUAUUGUUAAUUACUGCGCGUGUUUCCGUGUUUACAGCAGUAUAUAUAAAUAUAUAUAAAGGCGGUGUUAUUAUUGUCCUGUUUAAGGAGCUGCAGCUGAAAUGUCCUGAUAAAUAAACACACCUUACAGAUCUCUGUGGACAUGCAUGUGGACUAACAUCCUGUAAAUCUGUUCUGUUCUGCAGUUUAAUGGACGACUUUAUAAAAACAGCAGAAGAUCAGAGAACUCCGGUUUCUCCCGAGGACACCAGACAAGUACUUAAAGAAUCAGCCACUCCUGUCCCCUUAAACUGUGUGACACUGCGCUCUAGUUCCACUCCAUCCUUGUCCCCUUGUCCUGCUCUUGGGGGACCUGCAGUUCUGCCUGCAGGUGAGAGCAAUGAAAAGCAAAUCACUGUGACAAAUGGACAGGUCCCUCCUGCGUUGUCUUUGUGGCACAUGUCGCGUGAAGUUCCACCUCGUUUCCGGAACCAUCAGGAGCCUAAAAUCCUGCUGAAGAGGGGCCAGUCCUUAGAUGGUAUUUCACCAUUACUGCACACAGUGGAUCAGUCGAAUGCAAGCACUACACAGCGUUCAGCUUCUUCAACUUAUGCAAAUUCCACAUGCGGCCCGGGCUCCGGAGCACCGCUGCUAUCUCAGGGAAUGGAUAAGGUCGUAGUAGAUGGCUCUGACCUGCAGGCGUGGCCAUGUAUUGUAGACAGUAGGAGGCAGAACGAAUCUAUGAACAAAGCUUCAUGGGAAUGCAAUCAAAGCAUACAAAAGAUCCAGACAGAACAGGUGGAGCGUGAUGUCACUGCAGAUGUAAGCAAUGCAGAAUCAAUCUUCUGUUCCUCCUGUGAAACUGCCUCGAAUUCAGCAGAUACAGAAGGCAUGCAGGAGAAGAUACAAAGUCAGGAUGGAGGCCAAAGUGAAGACAACAUGGUGGAAAAGGAAACGGGACCAAAGCAAGCAGAAGCAGAUAUUGCCGACGGCUGCAAAGAGUUAAACGUGGCAGUGCAGCUUCCUUCUUUCAGUUCAAAUCUAAAAGCCUUAAUUCCUGGUACGUGUCCUAGUAGCACAAGUGGAGCACUGCUGGAGUCUGGAGAAGUUUGGGGAACAUCUGGGGAAAGCCAAGUGGGAUUAAAAAGCACUGGGAAUAAUGGAGUCAGCCACGAGGUAUCUCAGUCAGUCUGGGAGGAAGAUAGAGGUGGGUUAAAAACCCAGGCAGCUACAGUUAGGCUGGGUGACGUGCCAAACGACGGCAGGAGUGAACAGUUAAAUGAAAGCCCUCAGGGUUGUUUACAGGACAGUCAAAUUAUUGCAAACAAUACAACAGCAGCAGAGAAAGUGACGACUGAGCGAGAGCAGCAGGGCUCAGAGUGUGAGUCUGCUGGCCACAGGAGCAGCGAGGGGGGGACGUGGUCUCACAACUCCAGAGCUCAAUCCUCAUGCACUGAAGUGACCUUACAGAGCAUGCUCAGUCGAAAUGAUCUGGAUCCCAGAGUACUUUGUAACACUGGUUGGGGGCAGACUCAGAUCAAGCAGAGCAUAGCCUGGGAUUUAGAGGUGGAGAAUAAAUCGGGUGGAGACUGGACCGAGCAUACACAAAUCGAUACUAACAGCCCCAGCUGUCCUCCGUGGUCCAGGGAUAUGCAGGGCCAGGUAAAGGGGGGCAGGAGCCAGAGAACGGGGAGUAAAGAGGACGAAUGUGAGGAGAAAACAGAUGGUGAACAGGGUGCCUUAGUGACAGGGAGGGGCAACAGCUGGGUGGAGGCGGUCGAGGAUGAACAGGUAGGAAGGUGGGAUGGGAAUAGGGGUGGUAGUGGCCAGCAGAGAGAAGGGGACAGGGGCAAUUGGGGCCUAGGAGACACUCAGUGGGGGGAAAACAAAAGUAGAGCUGGACAAGGUGAGAAGUCUUGGGCUUAUUCUGAGGAUGAGGGAUGGAGAGGCAAAAAGCACCAGGGAUGGGGGGACAAUCGCCACCCGCAACAUAUCACAAACAAUCAAGCUGCACCGAAAGACCCGCAGCAGCUACAGCAAUCCCAGUCCCAGCUCACGCAAACAAGAGGCUUACAGGAGUCCAGGGAUCCAUCCUCAGGCACAGGGGCAUUGAACCAAAGCUCAGGAUGGAAACCCGGUCCCAUUCCACCCAUGUCUUCUGCCACUGAGCUGAGUGGGUGGGAGGAGCCCUCACCCCAGUCCAUUAGCAGGAAGAUGGAAAUUGAUGAUGGUACAUCGGCAUGGGGCGACCCAGCUCACUAUGACAAGAGGGGUGUGAACAUGUGGGAGAAGAGCAACCUGCCACAGAGGGGGCAGUCUUCUCAACAACAGCAUGAGUCCAUGGCAGAAACCACCCUGACCAGCAGAGACAAGAACAUCGCAUGGGAACAAAGUGCUGGUGCUCCUGAACAGGUCACAGACGACAACAAAGCAGGCUGGAGGAAGCCCUUUGAAGGUUCAGGCUGGAAGGAUCCAGAGGAACCUAGAAAAGGGGCAGGAUGGGGCACCUGCUCCAGUUCAGCUAAGACUGGUUCAAAAUCUAUGCAACAUGGCUGGGGUGAUGAAGGUAUAAAUGCUUCACGCCAUUCCAGUUGGGAGGAGGAAGAUGGUGGUUCAGGCAUGUGGGGCAACAGGUCUCAGGACAACACUUCCUCCUUUUCUUCUGGGGUUUGGAACCAAGGUCAGAGUGGCAGGAGAAGUGGAGCAAAGGUUCCUCCUAAAGGACAUGUAGGAGGUUCCUGGCCAGGUUCCAUAACUCGUCAGCUGUCGAACAUGGGGAUCGCGGAUGAAGAUGUGGUCUCGGCAUCAGACAGGAGCAGGAGAGGGAUGAAUGACUUUAAUGGGGACAUGAGGAAGGGAGGAAGAGGAGGAGGAAGCUUUCGCUCACACAGCUCUAAGGAACCGGUCAUGACAGAUGUGUUUAAUAGCAGUAGCUCUGCACAUUUAAGAGGAAUGCAGCAGCCUGGUGUGCGUCACAUCAAUCCUCCCCCUGGGGUACGAGCACAAGUGCCUCAGCCGUUCCUCCCUCCUCAGGUGAACCCGAUGUUCCCCCCACAGCUCUCCCCUCAACACUUAGCCAUGCUCAGUGGGAUACACCCUCAUGUGCAGCAGGUCCAGCUGGCAUAUCAGCUCCUCAUGCAGCAGCAGCAACAGCAGCAGCACUUCCUGUCUCACAGGAAGUUCUCCCAUGUCCCUCCUGUACACCAGGACCCACAGCAGUUGGCCCGUAUCAUGGCAGUUCUUCAGCAGCGCCCCAAAACCCCCACAUCUACCCCAGGUCUUUUUCCAGGUCCAGUGAAGCUCAGAGGCGACGCCUCGUAUCCUCACUAUGAUCUGGUGGGAGUGGAGAAUGUGGGCGUGGCCUCCCCAAAUCUGAUUGACAAUUGGCAUCGAAACCCUGGUGGUAAAUUAAGCACCGCCCCUAACACCCCCACCUGGCCACCAGAGUUUCAGCCUGGUGUUCCCUGGAAAGGUGUUCAGAGCCCUGAGCCUGACCCGAACCCCUACAGUGGAAUGUUGGGGGAAAACACACUCGCUGAUACUGAACACCACUUACUGCAGGAUAACACAGUCUCUCUGUCAGAGAUGAACACCGUACUGCCUUCACCUGCUGCCUGGCCUUACUGUGUUUCUGACACACACAACUCGGCUAAAUUCCCUGCGCUGGCCACUAGUUGGCCUCCUGAGCCAAUUGGACACAGGACCAAUCGAAACAGCUCCCAGCUGACCCGCCCCCCUCCGGGUCUGACCCAUCAGAAACAGUCUUCGUGGUUAGGGGCGGAGCCUCACAUGCCCCGAGGGUGGGGUUCAGAGAGGCAGAGCCUGGAGUCACCUUUUGGUACAGAGAGCUCAUGGAGUGGUGGAUCAUCUACAGGAAGCUCAUGGCUACUGCUGAGCAACCUCACACCACAGAUCGACAGCUCCACCCUAAAGACAAUUUGCCUGCAGCAUGGCCCACUGAUGACCUUUAACCUCGGCUUGGCUCAGGGCAGCGCUCUGAUUCGCUACUGCAGUCCUGACGAGGCAGCCAAGGCCCAGAGCGCACUGCACAUGUGUGUCCUGGGUAACACCACCAUCCUGGCUGAGUUUGUGAGUGAGGAGGAUGUGGCUCGCUACUUCACACAUUCCCACAGCAGAGAGACAGAUGGAGAGACAGACAGAGACAUGGACAGCGAGACAGUAGGAGGAGGAGGAGAGACGAAGCUCGGCAGGGACAACCUGGACGGAGCAGGACUCUCUCUGUUUAACCAGUGGAGUCACAGCCGGGGGGGCGGUGUGUGGGGAGGGGUGCCGUCCGGUUACCACGGCAACAACCUAUGGGGUUCUCCUCAGGUUGAGGACAGAGGGCCUGGCUUGUUGCUGAGCAACCUGUUAGGGGGUGGGGCUGAUACUUUGUGAUGUGUGAUAGACACACGCACACACACACGCACACACGCACGCACACACACACACACACACACACACACACACACGUUUCUGUAUGAAUCCUGGACUCACUUGUCUCUGUGCUCACACACUCAGUGACUUUAUCACAUCACAUCAUCUGAUUUAUUCCCCAGUUUGUUACGUGACUGAACUUCAGGUGUCACUGGUGAAAUUUAACGUCCUACAGAUUCGCUGUCAGUCUGAAGGACAAAGGGGACAAGAUGAAGAAUAUUAAACAAGACAUAGUAAAGUUCCAGCUGUCAAUCAUUACAGGUUUUAAUCAGAAAUCACUCUUUAAUAAAGUGUUUAUAACUUAGAUUUACACAGAAAACGUCUUUAACACCAUUUAUUAAUAAACACAUAAAGGGUUAAAUAUAGAAUACCAUCAGAAGUGAUUCUGUAUAAUGUUAAUAAUUAACACAGUAAACUCACUGCAGCUCUACAGAACAGUAAUCACAUCACUGCAGUGGGAACACACCUCCAUUAUCACUGCAGUUUAGCCACGCCCACUUCCCUUUAUCACUCUGAUUCAUGUACACUGACUCCGCCCCCUGAAGGUGUGACACUCAUCAGCCCGACCAGUAGAUGUGUACAGGGCAUGCUUUAAAGUGUGUGUGUGUGUGCGUGUGUGUGUGUGUGUGUGUGUGUGUGUGUGUGUGUGUGUGUGUGUGUGUGUGUGUGUGUGUGAGAGAGAGAGAGUGAGGGUGUGAGUGUGUGUGUGUGAG